CCCAUGGGGAUUCAAAGUGUGGGUGAGAACUGGAAUCUCUGGCAUGAUGUGUGACUUCGAUGUCUACCAAGGCAGUGUCAACGGAAUACGAGCCAAAUCUGAACUUGGAUUGUCAGUGAAGCUCCUUGAUCGGGGAAUUCAUUACGUGGGAACAGCCAGGCAGGUGCGCCUACCCAACUGUAACCUUGAAGACGAGAAGAGCUUGAAGAAAAAGGGGAGAGGAAGCUAUGACGUCAGAGUGGAGGGGAAUCACAACAUCUGUGCUGUCAAAUGGUAUGACAGCAGGGCCGUCACACUUGUGUCAUCCUUUGCUGGACCUGAACCUGUGCAGAAGAUUCAACGCUGGGACAAAGCCAACAAAACCUUCAUUGAAGUUGAGAGGCCUUACAUUGUUGGUGCCUACAACAAGUACAUGGGAGGUGUGGAUUUGUUGGACUCAUUUACAGCCAAAUAUAAGUUCCCCAUCAAAUCCCGUCGCUGGUACAUGUACAUCUUCUGGCACACCAUCAUCCUCGCUGUGAUCAAUGCCUGGCUGCUCUACAAGCGGGACUGUAAAGCGCUCAAGGUGUCUAGCAAAGAGACAAUGAACAGGAGACAGUUUCAGGCACAGCUAGCAUCCUCUCUUAUCCUGGUAAACGCAACACUUCAAACUCCAAAGAGAGGACGGCCAUCUUCAGGCAAAGGGAGCCCAGCAACACAGUCAGUGACAUCAGGAAGCCCUCUGAAUGCUCAGAAGAGGCCAUCCAAGAGAUGUGCAAACCUCCCAUUGGAUGUACGCAAGGACCUAGUUGGUCAUUUCCCAAGGAAGACAGGGAGAGGACGCUGCAGACAGUGCAAUAAAGGAUACACCAACACGCAAUGCAGAAAGUGUGAUGUUCGCCUUUGCUUUUUAGACAACAGGGACUGUUUUUGGGACUUUCACCACCAAUGAAAGUCUUCAUGACCAAUGUCAUAAAAAGAAAAAAAGAGGGAAAAAGCGCGCUUUUUAAGAGUUUUAUCUUGUUUAAUAUUUUUAAUAAUUUUAAUAAAUGACUUCAUAAAAAUAUGACUAAUGUGUGAUUAUUAUUAAUGUUAUAUACCGUUAUGGGGCUAAGUAAGCAAUCAACCCUGCAAAUGAACCCUUAGUUGUUCUGAAUUGUUCACACAACGUGAGUACAAAUACAGAAAUCCUGCUCCCAACUAAGCCCAAUGUUGCAAUAUUACAACAUUUC